GUUUUUUCUCUUUUCUCAGCUUGUUGCUACAGGGAAUCUUGAGCAUUAUAUCAUCAAGAAGAGUGAAAAACUGAACCAAACAGAGAUUUUAAGAGAAGGUUUCAUGGCUAACUCUACACAUGUUGAAGGAAUGGUGAACAUCAAAGGAAAGAACAUCAAGAGCAACAAUAGUGACCUAGGUGGAUGGAAUUACGCUGCUCGAGUUAUCGUCGUUGGCAUCAUCGAAUCAUUCGUCUUUUAUGGAGUUUCUUCAAACCUGAUCAGCUUUCUAACUAUCCAAUUAGGACAAUCUACAGCAACAGCUGCACAGAAUGUUAAUGCUUGGACUGGUUUCAUGCAUAUGUUUCCAGUACUACUAACUUCUUGUGUUGGUAACUUCUAUUAUGACAGAUUUUAUACCAUCGCGAUUUCUGUAUUCAUCUAUGUUUCGGGGAUUUCGGCGUUAUAUAUAUAUAUGGGUGCUUGUUCUAAUUAUAACAACACCGAAGACAACCUUCCGUGUUCUAUCCCGGAUUUCUUCCUCUUCUAAUUGUAUCAAAUUGGAAUUGGGAGUGCUGGAUUCAAGACCUGCGCAGCAGAUUUUGGUGCACACCAAUUUGACGAACGAAAUCCAAAUGAAUACAAGUCAAGAAGUUCAUUCUUUAACUGGUGGCUAUUUGGACUAUCUCUUGGAUCAUGCAGUUCUCACUUGAUAUUAAACUAUGUCGGAGAAAAUUCUGGCUGGUAUGAAGCAUUUAGAAUUUCGAAGAAUUUAAUGAUCAUAUCGUUUUUUUUUUCAUACUUGGAGCUAGAUCUUUUACCUUCACCUCGAAAAAAGACACAGACAAAGUAAACCCAUUAGAAGGGUUAACAAAUGGUUUAGUUGGUGCUGUCCAAAAUUGUAGAACCACCUCAUCACCAUCAUCAGUAAUCACCAUGAAAGUGAAGCCAACUACUAAUAACACACCGGGAUCAAGGAAAUUAGAUGGGACGUGCUCUACCUGUAGUAAGUGUGAAGAUGUAAAGGCUGUAUUGCGGUUGGUGCCGGUAUGGAUUAUAUGUUUAACAUACCCCAUAGUGCACGCUCAAGUUAUUACGUUCUUUGCUAAGCAAGGCAGCACUAUGGACAGGUCGAUACAACCAGACUUUCAGAUACCCGCAGCUUCAAUUCAAAUCUUUCUCACUGUAUCCGUCGUUCUAUUUGCAGCAACAUAUGACCGUAUCUUUUUUACAAUCACUCGAGCUUUUACUGGAAAAUCUAACUCUAUUACUUCACUUCAGAAAAUUGGUGGUGGCAUAUUUGUAUCAUCCAUAACAAUGGUUGUAGCAGCUAUAGUGGAGAACAGAAGGAUUGAAAUUGCUCAAAAGUUUGGACUGAUUAAUGAUCCAAAAGCAACAGUUCCUAUGGUUAUCUGGUGGUUGGUUCCACAAUAUGUCUUGUCGGGUCUUGCCUUUGUACUCGCCCAAGUUGGCUUACAAGAAUUUUUCCAUGAUCAAGUUCCCAAUAAGAUAAGGAGUGUGGGUCUGUCCCUGUACUCAACUGUAUUCGGCAUUGGAGAUUUCUUCAGUGUCUUCCUUAUUUAUGUCAUUCAGAAGGUAACAAGUGCAGGAGGUCAACCCGGAUGGCUAGCAAACAACAUGAAUCAAGCGCAUUUAGAUUACUUUUAUUGGUUUCUAGCUGGACUUAGUAUGUUAGAGCUGGUUGCAUUCUUAUGUUUCGCAAAAUCAUAUGUUUAUAAGCAAGGAGCUCCAAUGUGAUCGGGGACUAAGCAAGGGGAACAUCUGCUAAGUAGGAACAGUAUUCGAUUUCAUUAUGUAAUGUAAUUGAGCAGACUAUGAUGGAUUAGUUUCGUAUUAGAAGUUGUU